GUCUGAGGUAGGGUCUCGACACAAAACGUCACCAGAGAUGCUUUCCAGGGAUACUUUUUUUUUAAAUUUACUUCAAAAUAUACUUUAUUCGAGAAGAAAUUAUAUCUACAAUACAUGAUCCUUAUACAACUCCAUCCGACAUUAUCUAAGGCUAUAUAUACAUUCAAUAUUGCGGACACAAAUGUAUCCCCCACCCUUGCCACUGCCUGUCCCGCUGAGUUACUCCAGCUUUCUGUGUCUAUCUUCGGUUUAAACCAGCAUCUGCAGUUUCUUCUUACACACUCCUCGCCAAUAGAGUUCGUUCCCUGACAGUGCGGCGCGUUGAUUGGACAAACGUGGUAUCUCAGGUGUGUUUAGCGCCUCCCCGUAAGUGAAGUCAGGAAGUGGCGAGAAUGGCUGCCGAACAGCAGGUUGAGAGUUUACGCGAAGAACUAAUUUGUCCCGUCUGCCUGGAUAUCUUCACCGAUCCGGUGUCCCUGCAGUGCGGGCACAACUUCUGCCGCUCCUGUAUCACACAGUGCUGGGAAAGAGACGGGAGAACUUCCUGCCCGGAAUGUAGAGCGGAAUUUGCAGACCGCACCCUCAUUGUGAAUUGGGCAUUGUCAAGUCUGGCUGAGAAAACUCAAACAUUAAACCUGAAUCAGAAAGUGAAGGAAAGUAAACUUCACUGCGAGAAACAUCAGGAAGAACUGAAGCUGUUUUGUGAAACUGACAAGAAACUGAUCUGUGUGAUUUGUCGAGACGCGCGGGAACACAGAGAUCACCGCUUCAUACCGAUAGAAGAAGCUGUUGAAAACUACAAGGCACAGAUGAAAUCUUCCAUGGAAUCUCUCACGAAAAUAAAAUCCGAGAUACUGGAAAUGGAACAAUUGCAGAAAACAAAGAUUUCUGGAGUUAGGGAACAGUCCCGCAGUCUGCAGUCCCACAUCACAUCACACUUCACUAAAAAGCGGCAGAUUCUCUCUGAGGAAGAACAGCGUUUACUCAAAGAUCUCAGGGAAUCAGAGGCGAAGAGUCUUGAUAUAAUGAAGACAAAUCUUCAAGUAAUCCAAGAGAAAUUAAAUUCCAUGCAGGAGAAACUCACAAAGAUACAGGAACGGAUGGAUCAAAAAGACAGUGUGAUAUUUCUAAUGGAGGAAAUUAGUCGGAAGAGGAGGGUUAGUGAUGAGAGUUACACGUUGUCAGUAGCAGAUGGGGCACCGGAAGUUGCAAAAUUCGAUCACCCCUUUUUAUUGAACAGAGCGUUCAGCGAAAUGUCGUGUGUUAUUCCGCAAGUCUCCGUCACCCUGGAUGUGGAAACAGCGCAUCCGCUGCUCGACGUGUCUGAGGAUCGGAAGACGGUGAGAUGGACCCAGACCCGGAGGAGUCUCCCUGACACCGGGAAAAGGUUUACACACUGGGCGUGUGUGCUGGGAUCGGAGGGAUUCACAUCGAGGAGACAUUACUGGGAGGUGGAGGUGGCGGGGAGUGAGUGGUGGAGUCUGGGAGUCGCCGCAGAGUCUGUGGAGAGGAAGAGACGGGUCGACCUGACCCCAAAGACUGGAGUCUGGAGGAUCAGGCGGAUUGAUGAAGUGUUUGAAGCAGUCACCUCCCCUCCAUCCCCUCUCCCCGCAUGUCCCAUCACUGGGAGGGUGGGAGUUUAUCUCAGUUACGAGUCCGGGACAGUUUCAUUUUACGACGCCGACACCAAGUCCCAUCUCUACACCUUCACUGGGAAUAAAUUCACGGAGAAACUUUAUCCUUUCUUCAGGACUUGGAACGAAAACCAGCGGCUGAGAAUCUGCUCCAGUUCAGCUCCGGAUGUGUAAAAGGCUCGGUUCCCGGGACCGGCGUCAGGAGCGGGGUUCAGGGGCUGUGGUGCAGAAACCCGGUGGACAACAGGUCGGCGCUGAACGGCUCCCAUUUAUACCCCAAAUUCCGCUUCGUGAAACCCCAGUGAGCGCGGAAAUAAAUCCAGGGGGAAUGUAAAUGUGGUAAGAGUGAAAUAAACAGCAACUGAAAUCAGAGCUGUCUGUCGAUCCAUUCAUUUUUUAUCAGUUAACCGCGUCCGGCAACGGAACAGAAAUUACUUUUGUGAAAAUAUAAAGAUUGAAACAAUCUCCCUUCCCGCGGGUUCAGCAGCUGCCGCGGGCGGCGGGUCCUGAGCUCCGGGCUCCCCCGGGUCUAAAGUCCGUCAACUUAGUGUCUACAUUAUGUUUGAGGCUUUUCCACUUUCAACACCAGAUACAUUUACCUUGGAACGGAUGUUUCAAAGAAU